AACUUUCGCUUCGGCUUCUGGAGAGUUCGCCAUUGUUCUUCUCUCUUGUCAGCUUUCCCCUUCCCCAAGAAUGGCGUCCCCUAUUUAUACUCUCCCAACGUCCUCGCGUCUUCCCCGUGAAACUUUCUGAAGAGAUCGGAUCAAGCCCGCGAAUCGCAUAACUACGACGACGAUGGCGUCCUCAGUCGCUCUCCGGAGAGUUGCAGCUUCUGGUCUUUUGGCUCGGGUCAGUAACCCGAUACGCUCCGCUUCCAUUGCUCCCGCUGCUGCCCGGUCGUUCGACACUAAUACUCAGGUGAAGAGCUUCGAGGACGAGUACGACCGGGAUGUCGAUGUCGACCGCCGCUCCGACCGCAAUGUUUCCCGACGCCGGGACCCGAGCUUCUUCUCAGAUGUGUUCGAUCCCUUCUCGCCGACGAGGAGCCUGAGCCAGGUCCUGAACAUGAUGGACCAGUUCGUGGAGAACCCGUUCCUGUCCGCUCGGGGCGUGGGAGGGGGGUCAAGGAGGUCGUGGGACGUGAAGGAGGACAACGAUGCCCUGUUCCUCCGGAUGGACAUGCCCGGGUUGGGGAAGGAGGACGUGAAGAUCUCGGUGGAGCAAAACACGCUGAUCAUUAAAGGCCAGGGCGAGAAGGAGACCGAGGACGAGGAGAGCAGGAGAAGGUACUCGAGCCGGCUCGACUUACCUCCGAACCUCUACAAGCUCGGGGAGAUCAAGGCCGAGAUGAAGAACGGAGUGCUCAAGGUGGUUGUUCCUAAGGUGAAAGAGGAAGAGAGGAAGGAUGUCUACCAGGUCAAAAUCGAGUAAACUGAUCAUCGCGUUUGGUUGCUGUGAUCUUCUGUUUGCUGAUGUGAUCUUGUAGGGAGUUGUGAUCCAUAUCUUCUUGGUGAUAUGAAUGCUUCAUAAGCUUUUUCCGAGUACAUA